AGUCAUUAGCGGACCGGAGUUCCGCUGUGGCGACACCUAACCGGGAAAAGCCGAAAGACGCAACAAUUGGUGGACUUGGGAUCCGCGCUGUAUGCCGUUUUGUUACUGUCACGCGCCCCAUCGACCUUACCUGUGGUGAAAAGAAAUACUGAUGUUUAAUUUAUUUGAAUGAAGGUCAUGGCCAACCCUAUGAGAAGUGAAGUUAUAAAGCUUUAUAAAAAUCUGUUGUACCUUGGAAGGGAGUACCCAAAAGGGUCAGAGUAUUUCCGUUCCCGUUUGAAAAGUGCAUUUAUGAAGAAUAAGAAUGUUACAGAUCCUGAAAAAAUUAAGGAGCUAAUAGCUCGUGGAGAGUAUGUUAUAAAAGAACUUGAAGCACUGUACUAUCUAAGAAAAUACAGAGCUAUGAAACAGCGUUACUAUGAGGAUAAGGACAGUAAACCAUGAUGCUGUAUGUGGCAGCUUGGGCUUUUUGGUGAGAUAUGAAUUGAAUUGCAUACUUAAGUUUGUAAAAGGGAAACCUCCACUUGACAGCCCAUCUUAAUCUCAUGUUUCUACAGCUGUUUAAAAUCUUAUCUUCUUUAAUGACACAUUCAAAUCAAUGCUGCUGAGCCAGGCAUUGGGCAUUAUGAGUAGUAUUUUUUCAUGUAGUUUUAAAUAAUUUAAUGUAAAAAUUGUGCUUUUAAUACUUUAAAUGUAAAUGGUAAACAUAAGGAAUUAUAGUUGAAGCAAUUAGAAGAGCUGUCCUUUUGUAGUAUUAUUCCUCCCAACUUUUAACCUUAAUGAAGCUUCUUAUAAAUUGUUAAAUGUGCUGUGUAUUGCACACAAAUUUUAACAGUUUCUGAAUUUUAAAACUAAUGUUAACUGUAAUAUGACGUUUUGUAUAAUCAUAAAGUAUUUUUGAUUUCUAGUUGCAUACAUCUCAGGUUGAAAUGUAUUGCAUAAUUUGAGAUUAGAAGAAUCUUUACUUCUGAACUAAUUAGCAGGCAGAGCAUACUUUAAAAAGUGAUUUCCACAAAACAUAUCACAUAAUCAUUUCAGUUGCCUUUUGCUGGACAUAAUGAUCUAACUGCAUGGUAGGUAGUGUGCUUGACUUGCAGACUAGUUGCAUCUUUAUAGUACACAUACUAAGUAUGCUAGUAAAUAAAUGAUUCAUAAAUUA